UCCUGCAAAUUUAGCGCGCUUUUUCAUUCAUCCGUAUCGUCACCACCGCCAUCGGAGACGAAGAACAGGACUUCCAUGGACGACGGAGUCUCGGACGAGGAGUUGGUGAUGAGUGAGGUUCAUCUUGGCUGUCCAUCUGGUCUCUCCGGGCCGUACGUUUCACACUUCACCAUUUCCAUUCCUUCCGGUUUUAUUGAUUUAGAUACUGAAACCAGAAGAUACGUCGGUGAUUUACCGUCCAGAAAGCAACUCAUCAGCUUUGACGAAGAUGGAGAUCUUGUUUUACCCAGACGCAUGAGUAAUGAUGUAGAAGUAGAACCUUCAGUUCGUAGUUAUAUUGUGAAGAUCCAACAUAAUAUUAUGUCAACGAUCCCAAGUGUUGGUUUGCAGGUGUGGAAAGCAGAACUGGCAUUAUCUGAUUUUGUUUUGCAUAAGAUGAUAACUUCAUCUGAGCUUGAUGGAACUGUUGCUUUAGAACUUGGAGCUGGAACAGGACUGGUGGGAAUAUUGCUUGCACGGGUUGCUAAAACAGUAUUUCUAACUGAUAAAGGUGACCAUGUUCUUGAAAACUGUGCCAAAAACAUUGGUCUUAAUUCUGGAGGGUUUAAUGCUGGAGUUCAAGUGCAUGUAAGGGAACUCGAUUGGACAGAACCUUGGCCUCCUAAGCAAACCCAAGGAGAAUGCCCCCGAAAUAACAGGUUUUCCUGGGCCUUAUCAGAGGUUGAAGAAGCACAGGGAGCCUCGUUGCUUGUAGCUGCUGAUGUUAUCUAUAGUGAUGACUUGACUGAUGCAUUUUUUAAUAUCUUGGAAAAGUUUAUGUCUCAAGGCUCAGAAAAGGUACUGUACUUGGCUCUGGAAAAGCGGUAUAACUUCACACUAGAUGACUUUGACAUUGCAGUGAAUGGCUAUUAUCAUUUCCUAAGUUACUUGAAACUUGAAGAGGAUGAUGCAGAAAAUGGUAGUCUAGAGUACAAAUCAAAGCCGUAUUUUGUAGGCAACCGCAUGGAUCUCUCAAACAUCCCGCAGUAUGCCAUCAACUACGAGAGAGGAAAAGAUGUCGAAAUUUGGCAGAUAAAGUAUUAUAGAAAAGAGUCAUAAGUUUAGAGAAGAGCAGUGAACAUCAGCUGUAGAAGUCAGAGCUCAUUAACCUGCCUUCAGAACUCUGUUGAGUUUUCCAUCCAAUCUAUGGUGCAAUGUUAGAACUUUACCAAGAAAAUGCUUGGUAUCACAGCACAUGGAUUGGGAAUUUCUUACUUCUGUAACCCAUAAACCGUCCCAAUUUCAGUUCUAAUUCUAUAUGUUUGUUGAAGUUUUUUGUUUUUGUUUUUUUUUUCAUUCCAAAAUCUUCAUCAAACUGUGCUCCAUCUAAAGAUUGAAAAUAUUUAUGGAGUUAUUAAGGAUAUGGCAGAAUGUGCCUUUUUAA